AUGGCCCCGCCGCGGACCGCGUCGUCAGAGGGCGUUGUGCUGAUCCCAGCCAUCGCCAAGAACAGCACGACUGGCUACAAGGGCGUGUCCUUCGACCGCAGCAAAAACCGGUUCGUGGCGCGGGCGAGGGAUGGUGGCAAGGAUGUCUCCCUCGGCCACUUCGACACCGCCGAAGAGGCGGCCACCGCCUACGCUCGCUCAGAGUACGGCCACGCCGACGCCGCCAAGCUGCUGCAGCCCCGCGCUGCUCCCACUGCCGAUGGCCUCGAGGCGAUACGGCAGGCGGAGAGGGAGGGCCUGACUCUGGCCACCAGCGGCAACAACAGCACAGGCUACAAAGGCGUGACCUUCUGCCCGAAGGAGCAAGGCCGCAAGAAGUACAAGCUGCAGGUGUGGGAUGGCGGCAAGAAUAUCAGCCUCGGCAUGUUCGCCACCGCCGAGCAGGCGGCGCUCUUCAGCGCCCGCAGGGAGGCGGGCAGGGACACCGGCGAUCUCACCGCGCCGCCGCCGCUGUCCUCAACCUCUGCGGAGCUGCCAGUGUACGAGCUCAGCAUUCUGACGCCUGAGCAAAUGGCCGCCGUCCCGACAUAUAGUCCACCGUCCAAUUUGGACUAUAGUCGAGCGCGUCGGAGAGGUGUUUGGAGACAGGCUCAUGAUUAUGCGGCAGCCCUAGCGGCAGCGCCAACUUAUGGCAGCCCUAGCGGCAGCGCCAGUGCGCGCACAUAA